AUGUCUCAGUUCAAAAAGCGAAUUCAUCUUUUCAACUGUGAUAACACAUACAAGCUAGAGCCUGUUGAAAAAUUGCUGGAGAAAUGUGGCAUCGAUGUUGAGCUUGUUGAGAAGCACUAUUACGGACUUCCUAAAAUGUCUGAAAUGGUCGACAGAAUUCCCAUCUUAGCGAUGGAUAUGGCCUUUUUCGUGGUUCAUGCACAUGAAUGUGUACUCUCGAUAAACGAGGACGGCGCGGGAUUUGGCUACGCCAAAAUAUACCGGGCUUUACUAAAAGCAACGAGUGAGGAGCUGAAACAUUUUCAGUUUUCUUUUUAUCAUUAUUUAUCAUUAUUUAAUUGUGUUUGUCAGAAACACAUUUAAUUUUGCUUAAUAAUGCAUUGUUCAGCAGGCAGCGAUUUCUUUGACAAAAGCAAUGGCAAGUUUAUCAAAUUUACUGCGGAACUGUUGUACAUUUUCCCUAACAAAGGCCUAUUAGACAUAUGAGUCGAAAGCGAAAGUAAAUUAGCGUAGAUGUACAUCGAGGUUGGAAGUUCUCGGCACUUGCUCUGGAAAUUGGUAAAGUGCGAGGAUCUGUUACGAGCGAGGAAAUCGAAACCCGGCUUCGAAUUCUCGGUACAGAAAUACAAUUUCACUUUGUUUGAGAUACCUACGCUGAGGAAAAAAAAUACACUCGAAUGCCUCUUGACAAUAACUUGGAACAAGGUACACAAUGGUUUAAUGAAGGCAACAGAUAAUCGGCUUGAGACUGGGUUGUUUGUGUCUUUUUAUUCAGUUGUGAACCGCUUUUUUUAUUUGCUGCCGAGCAAGAAAGGAAAAAUAUCUUCCUUGUAUGAUUAAUUUGGCAACUAAGAAAAGUAAUCGACUGUAUAAAACUAACGCGAUGUGAUUCGGUGGAUAAAGCGGCGGACGAUUUAAGCGGAAGCGACUAAAACCGUUUCCGAUAAUCUGUUUUCCUUCUUUUGUUGGCGAUCGAAAUUUUAGGCAAUGUAAGGUAAUGUGCUCGCAUUUAUUUUAUAAAUGUUGAUUUUAUUUUUUCCUUUCCUAAAUGAAGACGGAAGGAAACUUCCGGCGAAUGCUUAUGAUAAGACAAAUUAGACAAAAGGAACUGUUUCCAAGAAUCUUGGGACAAUUUUAGUUCUUUUUUUUAGGUUAAACCCAAUUUACGUGUGCGUAUGUGUCGGCUUGAAUACGUGGUUUAACGUCGAUCGUUCAAACCACUAAGAUAUAAGAUUUACAUGACUCAUUGCUUGUCAUUUAAUUCUGAAGAUUGUUCGUAUUUGCUCUGAAAAGUAAUAAAAAACGUAUAGAGUCCGGGAAUACUGUAAUUUAUUUGCAUUUUCAUUUGCAUGCCACUCGUUCAAGUUGGGUGUAAGUAAAUCAAAUACAUGCAACUGUAAGUGAAACCGUCAGGGACCUCUAAGACUGUAUGAGUUAAGGAGUGAAAGCAAAUUUAUAUUUAAAAGCCAAUUUGCUUCAAUGGAUAACGGCUAAGAGAACAUUGAAUUAAUUCCUCACGAUGAUGAAUACUGAACAAAUCAGGGCGCCUCUCUUCGGAUACUGAUUUUGAGCAGCCAAGGCAUAUUUCUACUGAGAAUUUGUAUGUUAUGAUAAAACAGUUUACCAUUGAAACCGAAUUGAAUAGGUGAGCAUUUGUCAGCUGCUGCUCAGUCAAAGGGGCGCAUUGUUUCAUAUUUUACAUCUGGUCAUUAGAAAGGAAUUUGAUUAAGUGUGUCUGGCAUGGGAGAUAAAAACACACUGGCCGAAAAUUGCAUAUCGUGUGGAAAUAUGUACUGUUACGCCUUUUUACAUUUGAAUCUGCUAUAUUAUCAGGUGGAAAUGUCAUCAUCGUUAUCGGGGGAGAUAACAAAUACAAGGGCGAAGACGAAGAGGAACGUGAGGUUAUUUCACGUUGGGCGAAAAGAAAAGUUUUCUCACAGUUCAGCGAAGAGUAUCUUGAUGGCAGAAAGAGCUUCAUCUUUUCUUGGAACAAACAACAUCGAGAGAUUCACGAACAAGCUCUGCGGCAUCACUUUGAUCCAAACAAGAUAGGACUAAAGUUUGGAUAUCAGCUGCCACUUCUAGUUCAAGAAACAAACCCUAAAUCUCUACCGCAGGCAACAUCUACAGAAUUCGAAAAUCUGCGGACACCGAAAAGUCCUUUGCACAAUGAUGAAGUCGCCACUGCAUUGACGGCGGCUAGAGAAAAACUGACCGAUAAUCAUCUUACAGGCGUCAGAACUACCAAGAAUCGCGACGGUUCUAGAAAUAUCUUCCUUCCAAGCUCUGGAGAAAUCAAAGGUUAGAUAAUGAUUCAGCAAGAUAUCCUUGUGAACAACAGGCACUCUAUUUUUAAAUUGGUUUGUAUAGCAGUCAGUCAUUACCCGAGCUUUCGUCUGUCUUCAUCAUAGUCCCUAGCGUUCUUAGCGGAGAUGCGGGAAACGGGGAAUGGGAAUCGCGAGUGCAUUACCAAAGAAACUCGUAACUGCGCUAGAAUAAUUCCGCUCCUCUCACUUACAGAUGCACACAUCAUUGAUGAGCCCACACUAAAAGGUGUUGAGCGUUUUCGGAACGGGUCGGUCCACGAAUUAUAUUGCUUGAAAGCGUUGAAAACUUUAAAAAAAAACUGAAUACCUCAGAUGUUGAGAAGUGUUAGAGGUCACAAAUUUGGUGUCAAGUAAAGAUCAGUAUGCUUUUAUUCUGCGGAACUGUUGUCUUCAUGUAUGCAAGGUCAUCGGACAUUUGAGUUCAUUUGUAUACAAAGCAGUACUCUUAUCUACUGCUGCCAAUUCAACGGUCCGAAAGUACCCCAGUAAUUGAGCACCUACUUGUGUCUAGUUCGAAGGGGUAAUUUUUUCAGUUAUCAAAGUUUUAUAUACGAGAAAAUAUGACGCAGAAGCGUGUAUGCUUGUAAAUUACUGUUAGCGAUUCCUUGCCCAAAAUAGUAAUAUAUCGGGUUCUAUUGGGUCUAAAAGGUCGCUUUGAAUGGGCGAAGACUCUUGAGUUCAAGCCAAAGCAAACUUAAAAGUUUUCGCCCAUACCUCCGUAUCUUUGGAUGUUUUUCUCAAAAAUCGGAAUUUCUUUUUUGACAUAUGAACCCUAUUACGCGACAGCGAAAUCAACUCGCGUAGGUGUCACGCUUUCGUGCAUCUUUGUUUCGGUCUCGGUAGCAAGGUGAGAAAUUAUUGGACAAUUCAACAAUUUACUGGUAGGAAAUGCAUUUUAAUUUGCGACUGUAUCGACACAGUAAUCAAUUUAAGGGGUUUUAAGUAGUAAUGGUAGAUUGGAAGUUGUUGGUUAAGUAAAAAACAAACAAGCUCUGAAGCAAAAUAUAAAACGUUUGUUUGAAUUUAUUACAACGACCACCCUCGUCAUUUAAAGGUAGAUAUAUAUAUUAAAACUUGGGUCUGAAUCUGUUGAUGAUUAAAAUAAAGCAGUUUGUAGAAUUCACAGACAAAAGUUGAUUCUGUCUUGUGCGCUGGCCAUUGGUUCAUUGUACCUUGUAAGUUGAGGGAUUGAUAAAUGUUACAAUCACCGCUGUUUAAUCUUUAGAUUUGGCGAUUCUUAGCUGCAAUGCGUCACCUGAAACCAUGGCUGAUCUUAAGGAAAUUUUGGAAAAAAAUUUUUGCAGUCUUCGCCUAUCAGAAGAUCCUACUUUUGAAAACCUAGAACCCGACAAAGUUGAGCAAUUUUUGAUGGAAAAUCUGCUCAGAGUCUGUGUAUUAGUGAUAGAUGCGUCUACACUAAAAGAUAGUUCUGGAAAAGGAAAACUUGAGGAAUACCAACGAUGUUUCGAAACUGCACUGCGUAGAGUUGGUAAGUCAGCAGAGAAUAAGUCUUUCAAUCAAUCAUUUAGUCAUUCAAUCGAUCAUUAAGUCAAUCAAUAGCAAGUACACCAUCACAAGAUCCUGUAUAAUUAGAAGCCUUUAAACCAUUUCCUCUUCAACCGUUGACAUCUUUAGGUCCCACUGGAUAUUCUCGUUGUCAUUUCUUGAUUUCUUUUUGGUUGUCCCUUUACUGUUUUUUUUUUAGAAUGAUAAAACUCGAAAGAAGCCCGAUAGGGAAGGUCACGAAAAUUCAGAUAGAUCAAGUGUCGGUUUCAGCUCUUUAUUCUGUUAAAAAGUUUAUAGGUAGCUUUUUUUUCUUAUCAGUGUUAGGAUGGGAUUAGAGUUAGUGGCGAUUGCGUUUGAACGCCUUGGCGUAAAGUAAGGAGUCUCCCCAAAAGCACAGUAUUCAGUCCUGCAUAAAACCUUAUAUCAUGGAAGUCAAAAAAUGAGACAGUGAAUUUCAUCCCCCAAACCUACAGAAUGUCAAACGGGACAAAAGCUAUUAACAAGGUUAAUAAUAUCCUUUUCCCAUUUUCGUUUUCACAGUUGUAAAAGUCAUCAUCUUGGUUUGCAGUCCUAAAACCACUAACCUAUCACCAACGCAAGAAGGUGCAGUCGAUCAAUUCAUGGGACGCUUUAAAAGUUACGAAGAAAAGGUGUCCAUAGUGGAGUUAAACAAAGGGAAGCUCAGUGUGAAUAUAGAUGAUCUUAUCAAGAUUUUGAGGCAACUCUUCGAACCAAAUACUCAGAUGAACCGUCCAAGAGGCUCACAAGAACCAGAUAUCCGUGCCAACUCAUUGAUCGUACAUACACAUCAAUUUGGAGAGAGAACAAACCUUCCAGCGGAGGAAACAAUUGUUGAAAAGGGCCCUCCAAAUAUUCCGCAGUUGCCGUCACAAUCCUCAGUGGUUUACCCGUCUAUUCUUGUGCUGAGAGGUAUCUUUCAUUGUGGAAAGUUAUCUGAUAAGUUUGGUGAUAUUCAUAUAAGAAACUUGGGAAUUGAAAUUCCCAGUUACAUUUUUGACGAUAUUUCUAAAAAGUUCUCGUACACCCCUGAGAUUGGUGUAAGAAUUAUUAGACACCAUAAUGGCUCAUUUGAGUGGACCACUGAUAAAAAUUUGAUACGAUUUUCAUUAGGAAAGGAAGUAAAGCUUUCUCAAGAUGAAAUACUCGUCUUGAAAACUCGUGUCCGCAAUGGAGAGGUAUCUUUUAAGGAAAAGGAUGUGCAGUUUCUGCGAGGGGAUGUUUACCUUCCCCCACACAUAAUUUCUCGUUUACAAACAAUAUCUAGAGGGAACCUGUAUGGUGACUUGUACGUCAUUUUAGAUGGUUUUGGAAAGUUUCGAUCCGUGGUUAAGAGUGGAGUACUGGAUAGAACAACCGAGUUUUUUGCAGAGAAAAAGGAGGCCUUAAACCUUUAAAGUUACAAGAGGCUUUUUUAGCAACAUAAAGGUUAAAGGAACUGUUAAAUUCACCUUAUUGUAUAAGGAAGCUGGCAGAUAACGAAGGACGAGAACUAAAUUGAUGUCUUCCUCUUGACUCAACCUCCAGAAAUAGGUCUUUUCGGUUGCGAUGCUCAUCCAAGUUGAUGUGAUAGAUAGAUAGAUAGAUAGAUAGAUAGAUAGAUAGAUAGAUAGAAACUUUAUUAAAGUGUCAAAAAACCGUCUAGCUAGGGAACAAAUCCCUUACUAAUUUGGGGACACCAAUUAGGGGAGAAUAUACAAACUAAAAAAAAAAAAAAAAAAAAAAACUAUAUACAGUAGUAGGUAAAAUAUCUAUAUUUAACUCAUUAAGAGAUUUAUAGUAAAAAUACACAGAAGUCAAAAUGAACAAAGGCUACAGCCUGCGCAGCCAUCAUCUAAAAGUUCACUUAUAUUGAGUUGGCGUAUCUUGCUUUUAAACGACGUUAGGGUUGUGACGUCCCUGAUACUCUUGGGUAGUUUUGUCCAUAGCCUAGGCCCUAAAUAUCUAAUAGAGUGCUUGCCAUAGGUGACUGUCUCAUACCUAGGUAUUGAGAAAUCUGCUUGCCGCAGAUUGUAAUUACUAUUUGGUUCUUUAAAGAUGUUACUUAUAUAUGCAGGGCACAGUUUAUGCUUUACUUUAUACAUAAGGAUGCACAGAUCCUGUAAGCGACUAUUUAGUAGUGUUGGCAGAUCUGCCUUCUCUAAUAGUUGUUCAUAACUAGAAUUAUUAUCCUUGAAAACCGCUCUAAGUCCUCUUUCUUGUAGUCUUUCAAGCUUUCGAGUGUCACUCGUUUUUACAAAAAUGCCACACUAGGUGACAGUACGUGAGGAAUGGUAAUAUCGCGCUUUUGAAUAAUAUUAACUUAGAUUUCAUAGGAAUUAAAUUACGUAGUCUCAUUAGAACACCAAUUCUCUGGCUGGCUUUUUACAGAUAGAGAUUACAUGCUCAGAGAAAUUUAGCUUAGAAUCUAACACUACUCCUAGAAGUAUGAUAUUAUCUUUAGUUUCAAUCACAACAUCAUUCACGCAAAUAUUGCUGUCAUUUUGAGUGAAGCCCAAGUUCAAAACUUGGUACUUUUUGAGGUUUCCCGCCAAUAAGUUAGAAUCGUACCACGUUGUUGCUGAGUUGGCACUAUCCUUUAACUGGGAAGUCACAGCUGCCUGGUCUGCUCCUGCGUGGUAAAUUUGAUGGUCGUCGGCAUACAUAGACAAGUUCGCUGUUAGGCAGUAGGAUAGGUCAUUCUGGAAAACAUUCCAUAACAACGGGCCAAGCGUGGAACCCUGAGGACAGCCACGACUCACGAAUCGGCUCGAACUAACAUGACGGCCGAUCUUUACUUGAUAUUUCCGUUCAUUUAAAUAGCUGUUUAAAAGUUGAAUAGCGCUUUCCUGAAAACCGUACGCUUCAAGCUUGUUCAGAAGUAGUGGUGGGUGUAACGAGUCAAAUGCCUUUGACAUGUCAGUUGAAAGUAUGCUCACAACCUGUUUUCGAUCCCUCGCCAGUCUCCAAUCUUCUACUAAAUUGAUCAAUGUUGUUUCGCAACUGUGAGCUUUGCGAUAAGCCGAUGAGUGUUGGUAAAUGCGAUUACCAAAGCCAGAGUUGAUCUGCGCUCCAACCAACUUCUCAAGAACUUUACUUACACAUGGUAAGAGAGUUAUGGGCCGGUAGUUUUCCUUUGCAUUCCUGUCAUCCUUUUUGUAAACUGGGGCCCAAUGCCCAUACUUCCAUUCACUAGGCCAUGCAUUCUUGUUAAUACAAGAAUUGAACAAGGUGGUUAGUGGAGCGGAUAAUUCAUUAGCACCUGUUUUUAAAGCCUUUGAAGGAAUUCCAUCAGUGCCGGUGGCUUUGUUUAUGUUCAGCGAAUCGAGAACUGCAAGGACUUGUCCCUGUGUAACCAAUUCGAUUUCGAUGGUCUGAGUGGAAUUCCUAUUUUCAUGUUGUAUCCUCUGAACACAAGGAUGGUCUCUAAAGUCCUCUAUUGACUUUCUUUCAAUCGCUGUACCGCCAAUGCCAUCCGCCAAGGUAGCAAAAUGCUCAACCAAUUCCUCAGCCACUUGUUGUUGAUUCGUUAUCAUACUGCCGUUUAUUUUUAAGUGGAUGUCGUUUCUUUCAGUACAGCUCUUAGAGCCCAAAAAUGGCUUGAAAGUUUUGAAGAACGCCUUGGGAUUGAUUUUCAAAUCGUUUGACUUAUUAUACCAGUACUGUUUGAUGGCGAUUCUUCUUUGUUUAGUGGCCUCGUUUCUGGCUUUACGUCGUAAUUCCCAAUUUUCUGGCGUUUUGUCUUUCAAGUACUUGUCAUUUGCUUUUGCGUUUAGUUCUAAUCGCACUUUUCCAAUGAGACGUCAUGUAGGGCACAUCUUUAUCACGCACACGCAUUUUUUUCACAGGUGCCACUUCGUCCAGUAUAUUGUUCAUAAGUGCAUUCCACACGUAAACUUGAUCGUCGACGUCAUCAAACAAUUGUCCAACGUGCCAUGGGGCAGAGGACAAAAGCUGUUUAUAAUGUUCAGGGUCAAAGUUCUUAUAGCUCCUAAAUGUGAUGACCUUUGGUUUGUUGUGAUUUAUUUUCUGCUUCAGGACACCGUAAACAAGGUCGUGAUCACUUAAGCAAGGAUGGUAAUUACCAGAUAGCUGGAAGCUAUCCGGUCUAUUAGUGAGCAAAACAUCUAUUAAACUCUCUGUUAUAAUUAUUCCACGCUUUUCUAUUCUUGUUGGCUUAGUAAUUAGACAUUCAAAACCUUGUUCAACUUCCAAAUCGAGAAGCAGUUUACCUUCAGGUUUGUCAGGGCGAAGUCUGUUCAGAUUUAGGUCGCCAGUAACUACAACAAAAUUUCCGUUCAAGCUUGCCCAGUUACAGACAUAACUGAGUUCGCUUUCCAACAGUGUUUGAUAUUCGCCACACAGAGCUCUCGGGGGACGAUAAAUACCAACAAUUACCAUAUUGUCCAUAUCUGUUUUGAUUUCGAAGGCAAUUAUUUCCAGUGUCUUAGAGGAUUUAUCAGGUUUAAGCUGUGUCCUGACUAGCGAUUGAGAUAUUAAAGCCAUAAUUCCACCGCCGCCCUUUUUCCUAUCAUUUCGGUAGAGGGAGUAGUUCGGAACUUUGAACUGAAAGUUGGGAUAGCUCGCGUCGAUCUUGGUCUCACUUACGAACAUUAUGUGGGCGUUUAUUUUCUUGAUUACUUCGGUCAGUUCUUCAAAUUUAUUUUGGAUGCUGUUAAUGUUCAAGUGGGCAAUUAAGAAAUCCUUAUUGUGAUGUUUCCUAAAGAGUUCUAGCUGAUCGUUUUCAGAAGUAAUUUCUGUGACAUCUCUGUAAAGAAACUGCUCGAAGGCCGUAUUUUGAGUUGUUUCCGCUUGAUACUCCUCAGCUGGAAUAAGUGUAUCACCUUCAGAAACUUCUUCAAAGAAGGAGUCCGUUAGUGGCGGUAGAGCACAAGCUGGACAGGUCCAAUCAAUAUCAGGCUGGUCUAAGUAGUACUGGAAAAUAGUCCGAGACAUAUUGAGGCAUUUAGCGUGUGACCAGUUUCCACAUGUGGCACACAAGAUGGCGUUUUGGUUGUUUCUAACUGCUUUGUGGCAUUCACUGCAUGGGUAUUUCAACAUAGACUUCUUCUUCCCUUUCGGGCCAGGAUUUAUGGCCACGUCCCCGCACAGAAGCACAUCCCUUUCCAGAUUGAAGCUGCUUAUUCCUUUGACCGUGUGUGGGACCCUCCGUGAAGUAAAUCGUUUAGCACGAGGUUUAAAUCUUCUGUGGUUUGUCAAAUAUGAGACGAAUUCAGGUGCAAUAAACGUCUUUGAGACGCUUGUAGCCUGGUAAGACCCUAAAAAGUCGCCACUUAUACUCACUUGGAUUAAAACUGCUGUUCCAAGCAGGAGUACUAGAAAUUGUAGCGAGCUCGCCCAGGUGGGUCCAGCCGCCAUGACAGCUAUUGUAAUCUGUGAUAUCAGACGCCUCGAUGCAAGCCGAAAUCGAACUGUUCACAGUCUUAAAAUCCAUUUCUUCUGAAGAUUGAAAUUUGACAAAUCAUCAUGGUUUAUACCGUUCAAAGAGUAUAUUUGCUCAUGAGCUUAUGUUGUGAUUUUGUUUGAUGAGAGAGAGCGAUAAAGACUUAGUUUUAUUUAGAUGAAAAGGAAAACGGAAGAGAGAGACCAUGGAAACAAGUUAAAAGUUCUACUGGCAGACAGCUUGAUUAUAGACCAUAUAUAGAAUAAGGAUGGCAUCUUGGAAGAUUCUUUCAGUUUUUUUUCUAAUUCAAAAAAUAACUAUGUUAGCUUCUUGAGUGGUAUGUUUCUUGCACCAAUUAGAUUGACGCAUUUUGAGCAUUUGGAUAUCUUUCUCUUGUUCAUUGUAUCUUCACUUAUUCGCAAUAUAUGUUUGGCUAAGGUCUGUAACGAUCACACGAACUUUUUCCUGUUAGAAUAUUAACUUUAAUCGGUGAAACUCAAAUCAUAUUAAAUCUACUCGAAAACUUGUGUUACAUGAUCGAACUCGUGUUACGCAUGGGAGUGAGGCGGUUUCAACAGGGUCUAUUAAAGAUAACACAGUUUUAGUUUGCUUUUCGUAGUUAAAUUACAAAAUUACAUGGAAUCAUAUUUUGAGCCAGCUAACUGUAGAAUAAUAAUUUUUAAUUUUUUCCUCUGUUAGAGAAACGGCAGUAAGUCGACUCUUUCGCAACUGUUAUUUGGUCUCGUCACUCAACGCGCUCUCUUCAACGGGGAAGAGAGGGCGUUGUGUGGCAAGAGCGGACAACAGCUUCAUCAUCUUUUUUAUUUGCCUUAUUUACACGAUACAAAAAAGAAUUAUAUACAGCGGUUAUAGCUAGAAGGCGAGGAGACCCAGGAAGCCACCGGGCUUAUAGGAGAAUCACCUUUUAUUAUAAAUAAAGU